AUGUCUGCAGUUAACGCAGCCGCUGAAGGGGUUGCGUCACUCCCUACCGUGCCGAACGACAUGAAUCCAUCGACGAUGGCGUUUGAGUGGCUGGAAGCUCCUGGAGUUAACUCCGUUCAUUUAGGAAUCUGGACGGUUCUCCUGGAGCGCGAAGUCAUGGCAGCUGUCAAGACCACAGGCAGUGGUGGGCACAACAUCGACUGGAAGGGUAUAGUGCGGACAAGGGAAACGGUGGAAAUACCGUACAACCUCAAUUUUUAA